GAGUGAGUGAGACACUAUAAAGAGAACCAAUGACACACAGUUCUUCUUAUUCCCCUCACUUUUGGGUAUUGGCUUUCAAAGUGAUUGCUGUCUCCUAAUCUUUCUUGCUUUCCUUCCCACGACACAACCAUAUACACGCUCGCUUAUCUCCUAUCUUCUUCUUCUCCUCUCUCUCUCCAAAACUCUUCAACCAAAACCAUUUCUCUUUAAUUCUUUUUCCUCUUAUGGAACUUCAACAACAACAACCCAUCAAGUCUAGGUUCAGACGCAUCUGUGUCUACUGCGGUAGCAGCCCUGGAAAGAGCCCCAGCUACCAACUCGCUGCUAUUCAACUUGGGGAACAAUUGGUGGAGAGGAACAUUGACUUGGUUUAUGGAGGAGGAAGCAUUGGCUUGAUGGGUCUAAUCUCACAAGUUGUCUAUGAUGGUGGACGCCACGUGUUAGGAGUGAUUCCCAAGACACUUAUGCCAAGAGAGAUCACUGGAGUGACUGUAGGAGAAGUAAGAGCUGUUUCAGGCAUGCACCAACGCAAGGCUGAAAUGGCUAGACAAGCAGAUGCAUUUAUUGCCUUACCAGGUGGAUAUGGCACCCUUGAAGAACUGUUGGAAAUCAUCACCUGGGCUCAGCUAGGCAUCCAUGACAAACCGGUGGGGUUGUUGAACGUGGAUGGGUACUACAACUCGUUGCUGGCAUUCAUAGACAAAGCAGUCGAUGAAGGUUUUGUAACACCAGCUGCCCGUCACAUAAUUGUUUCUGCCCAUACUGCCCAAGACCUCAUGUGCAAGCUUGAGGAAUAUGUCCCCAUGCACUCUGGUGCGGGACCAAAGCUAAGUUGGGAGGAGGAACAACAAAUAGUCAACACUGCAAUGUUUGAUAUUUCUCGUUGAUUCUUCAGUGAGUGUUGAUAUUCAUUUACACCGAUAGCAGCAGAUAUCUAAACCUACCGUUGAACUAGUCUUCUUCAAACUCACUACCCUAGAUGGUGUCUGAAAAAAUCUCACUUUUUAAAAUCCCAAUAGAUGUAAAAGCUCCACAGAAUAGAGCGACCAUAGUUCAUGUUUAAGGUUCACAUUCAAUGUGUUAGUUCUUGCUUUUCUUUCUAGAUUGGCCUUUAUGGCUGAAGCCUGAGACUCAUUUGUUUUUAAUUUCUUACUAGUACGAACUAAUUGUGCAUUAGAAUGAUCAAAGAUGAAAGAUUCCACGCUAUGUAUUUUCUAGCAUGUCGGUGAUUAGUAAUGUUAUUCUUUUA